UCUCUCCUUUCCCUUCGGCCCUGGACCAUCGAGAUGGAAACAGGGUGGGAGAUCUGGCUUGUGCAGACCAACACACGGAGUACUUGAGCCUGCUUCCAGGCUCGACAUCAAUGUCAAGAUGACCGAUGCUCUCUACGACCUCCUGCAACCUCGUCUUGCGUCGACAUCUCAACCCUCAUCCCCAUCACCAGAAAUAUCCAGAUAUUUAUCCCGCCUCGUCUCCCUCCGUCUCAGUGACUUGACCACAACAGAGCCUCAGUCACUCAGUCAAGCAGCACAGUCCAAUCUAUUCUCCAUACAAGCGCUGAGUUCCCGGUCCCACCGCACGACGACCACAUCAUCAGAUCAUCUCAGCAUUCUCCGCAAUUCACUACCGCUUAUAUCAACAUCGGCUGAAUCGAUCAAAAAUGCGAUUCCGGACCUGGAUGCCAGCGCCGUGAGCUUUGCCUCAACUUACACCAAGUCCAAAGAGGAAAGCACCUCGGGAGGCGGGGGAAAUGCUAUCCUUACUGCGCGGCGCGAGGCCGCGCUUCUCGCUCGACAAGCGGACAAGGCUCAGGAUAUCUUGGAGCUUCCAUCCUUACUCUCUGCUGCAAUUGCCUCAGCCCACACUACAUCAGCGACAUCGACAACUUCCUCAUCUUCCGGUGUCAGCGGCGCCAAUUACACCCAAGCGCUUGAUCUAUUUGCCCAUAUUAAGCGCCUUCAGAUCCUCUAUCCCGACUCACAGCUGGUAAAGUCCGUACUCGCCGAUGCCGAAAGUGCAAUGAAGGACAUGACAACAAAUCUCAUCGCUAGUCUUCGGGGCCAGAACCUUCGUCUCGCUGCUGCAAUACGGAUGAUUGGUUGGUUACGGCGGGUGGCGCCAGAGCUGUCAACAAGCAAGGCCACGGGCUUACCUUCAGCCAAUUCUCAGACCAACAAACCGGGCCUGUUCACGCCGGCAUCAACUUCACAACUCGGACUGGGUGCGCCUGCAUCAUCACAUCAAGAAGACCACUUUGGAGCUCUAUUUCUAGUCUCACGGCUGUGUACGUUCCUAAGCAUGACUGAGGCGCUCUCUCCCCUACGCGAUCUAGCGGAUCAAGAGACGCUGGCAAGGAAAGAAGCGACCGGCUCCAGAACGCAUCCAAAACACCAGCACCCGACAUCCUCGAGUACGACACGGCCCCCACCGACCCGAAAGUCCUCGUCCGGUGUGAGCUACAAUCCCUCGCUGGCCGGCCAACAGACGGAACGCUACCUGAAACGCUUCAUUGAAAUCUUUCGCGAACAGUCGUUCGCGACAAUAAGCAUGUACCGCAACAUCUUCCCAGCGGACGAGCAACCACAGCUCCCGCAAUCUUUCUCCUCCGCUGCUCCCCCAGUGUCACCGCUAGAUUCAUCUCUCACGUUACCUCCAGCUCUGCAGACAUUCCCACUGUACUUGGUCGAUAUUUUCAUCUCCACGCUGAAACAGUACCUUCCGAACGUGACAGACCCGGCAGCGAGAGAGAGUCUGCUGAUGCAGGUUCUCUACGCGGCGAAUUCGCUGGGCCGGCUUGGCGCAGAUUUCAGCUUGAUGAUAGCGGAGCUCGAUGAGGACCAAGAUGAAGGUGAAGAUGAAGAUGAAGACGUAGACAAGGGACAAAACGCGGCAGAAACCGCCGCUGAAGACCUGGCCACGGACUUAGAAACAGGGGUCGAAGCAAGCGAAUCCGUAUCAGCGACCGGAAGCGAUGUACCCAAUGGCAAAGGGGACAGCGAGGCCGAAACUACAGCUCCGCAAGAGCCAGACGUAACGGCAGCGGCGACAGAGACGAAGACGAAGACGAAAUCCCAGCCUGAGCCGGAGUGGAUCUCCAUCAUCAAGAAACACCGCGUGCAAGCCGCAAGGUUGGAGGCGCUGGCUGCGGGACAAGAAAGGACGGACAGCGUCCAGAGACAAGGUUCUGCAGAUGUCGCUGUUCGAUAGAUUUUCCCUUUGGGAUACCCGACAGAUACCCAUUUCAGGCUCUGCUCAUUAGAUGUAUUCGCAGAUAGUCAGAUCUGAAAAGACAGUCGCUUGAUGUGUGGACGACCUUCGAUGAAGAAACUGAUAUCCAACGAAAUCAAUCCAGC